AUGUCUGACUAUGAAGCAUUGUUACAAUUUAAUAAGAGGGCCGUGUCAGCAGAAAUGAUACAGUACCUGGCAUCAAGUACAGCUUGUAUUAUACAGGUCAAAAACUCCAAUAAUUUAGUAGAUGUUGGACUGCCGGCACCUUCAUUGACAAAUUUUAUCAAAGGACUGGUGUUGCAUUCAAACGUGCAAACACCUACUCUGAUGGCUACAGCCGUUUACCUGGCAAAGUUGAGAUCGAUAAUACCGGGGAAUGUCUACGGAAUAGAGACUACCAGGCAUAGAAUUUUCCUUGGGUGUCUGAUACUCGCGGCCAAGACUUUGAACGAUUCUUCUCCUCUUAAUAAGCAUUGGGCAUUGUAUACCGAUGGCCUACUUCAUAUCCAUGAAGUCAACACUAUAGAACGCGAAUUGCUCGAAUACUUCGACUGGAAUGUCACCGUGACCACAAAAGAUCUGAUAACAUGUCUAGCACCCUUUUUGCAACCGAUCAAAGAACAGUUCAUUAGGCAAAAGCAGCAGAAUUACCUGUUAUUCAAUGCUCCUAUGCAAGGAAAUUUGAGAGAGUACAUUACAUCUACAUCCACCAGUGGAACAGACUCACACGCCCGUUCAUCAUCUAAUUUGUCAAUUCCUUCGUUGGCUUCCACUGCGACGUUAUCAACGUUGGGUUCAAGAAGAUCUCGCUUGGCAUACAACAGAAUUGGUUCCAUUGACGAGAUGGAUGAAAGGUCACCACAGGCUACCAGGAGAUAUAGUCCUUAUAGAUCACCAUUGAGUGAUGUGGAAAAUGUCACUUACGUUUCUCCAGUAAUAAAGAAGGGCACACACGCAUCCGGCGGGACCCGUCCAGUAAUCCUAGAUAAAAGUAUGAAACCAUCACCACAAAAUUUCACGACAAAGAGAUCCAGAUGGCAUUCAAUUUUCACUUGA